GUUGUUCGCACCAACGAGGCGUCCCGUCCACUCUUGCGCAUCCUAUAAAUUUAUUUAUUUCAAUCUUGAUUAAUUUAAAAAAUACAUUUGUUACAUUGAAUUACUUUCUGUUUCUUAAUUUAUAUUAGUGCCAAAAUGUACUGCGAUAUUCCUGAUUUUGGACGGUGUUGCCUCUGCCUGCCGUUGAGAAAGGGGAUCUUGAUAUUUGGAUAUAUUAAUGUGCUUUACUCAGCGUUCAUGGUGGGUCUGUACAGCUACUGGGUGCACCACGGAGACUUGAAACAGAGCUACAUAAUCUUCCAUGGCGUCACCACUGAAACAAUGUCCGAGCUAAUCUUGUUUAUCUUCUGUGUCGAUGUUGUCAUCAAUUGCUUACUUGUUUACGGAGCUCAUCAGAAAGUGACAAGUUUCUUGAAGGUGUUCUACUACUAUACAAUCAUGACCUGUAUAGCAGCGAUAAUGCUGGAAAUCAUAGAAGCAAUUUCCUAUCCUGCUAGAAUAGUGCAGGAUCUAAUACUUUCCUUUGCUGGACUAUGUAUCCAACUAUACCUCCUGCUGCUGGUCCGAAGCCUGCUUCGAAAGUUAGAGAUCGGAAACCAGCACAACUUCGACAAUCAACUUCACAAUGUGGUCACAGGAGAAAAUACAAUCUACAACAAUUGCACUGUUAUACCUAAUGAUUCCUAAACUUCGACAUUAGAACACCAUACGUUAAUUAGCGGACAUUCAUUUGGACUUUAAAACAUCAUUAUCACAAACUAUGGCACUCCAUUCAACUUUGGCUGUGAUUGAAAAAAGAAGAAGUUUAAAAUUUGUUAAUUUAAGUACACAAGUCAGUUAGUUUUAUUAAGCAUUUAAGAGUGUAUGCACAAAUAGAGCAAUAACUUAAAUUGUGGACUCUCCAAAGACCCGGAUGCGGGCAAAUUAACUUCCUUCGUCUGAAUCAUGUUGUUUUUUCGCUUUGUCACAAACUGUACAAGUAUAACAUUAGUUUAAUAACUACAUCGUCUAUUUUUAAAUGCAUAUAUAAUUUAUGACAAAUAAUUUUGAAUCUCGUUAGUAAUUUAUGUUUACGUAGGUACCUAAUUUAUCUGAUUACAAUUACAAUUAGUUAAUGUUGUUUCCCGGUAAUCGGGUUUGAAAAUAUUUACUGUACUGUAAAUACUUAAUUACUCCUUUUAGUUAUAUGAAUUGCUUGAGUUCACUAUUUACUUAUUUGUUAUCUAUUUUAUUAUAUUUGUAAGGGAAAUAAAGUUACAUUUAAGUCAACAUUUAUUUGCUAUGACAUUUUUUGAGAGCUUGUUAAGAUUUCUUACAUAAUUACUUAAUUUUCUAUGGAUUUUAGUAGCAACAGCGUUCCUUGUGAACGAGUUCGUUCAGGGAGGUACUAUCACGUUAUCCAUUUCUGCCGCCAAGCAGUAAUAUGAGCAUCUAUUGCGUUCCGGUUUUGAAGGGUAAGAGUGUUGGUGAAGU